AUGAGCGCCGCUCUCGCUACGGACCUGUCCGCCUUCGGCAUCUACAACCUCAAACCGGCCCCCGCCACCGUCUCCUCACCGCUGGCCGUGGUCGUCGUCGACGAGUCCGCGAAGCCGGCGGCGGCCGCGGCCACGGCAACGAAAUCAUUGCCGUCCCCCAAGUCGCGGCUGUCCCCCGUGAAGGGGAAAGCGAGGAUGGGCACUGCGGCGGCCGCAGCGGCGCUGACGCCGCCGCCCGCGCCGCCGGAGUGGGAGAGGGGAGGAGGCGCCGGGGAGAGGGGCGAGCUGGCGAAGCGGCUCGGAGAGGAGUCAAGGGGCUGGUUCCUCGGCUUCUUGGAGCGGUUCCUGGACGCCGACGUGGCGGCGUCGGCGCCGUGGGACCGCGAGCGCGCGGCCAGGAUGCUCCCGCAGCUAAAGCGCGUCAACAACUGGCUCGGCGAGAUCGGGAAGCGAAGCGAGACUCCGUCGCUGCUGCCGGCAGACGCCGACAGUGAGGCGACCGCUGCGAGCACCGCUCCUGUCCCCGCGAACGGCGGCUGCGGCGUACCUGAGGAGACGAUAGAGCGGCCCCUGUCUCCGCUGCUGCCCGUCGCCGUCCCUGCCUCCCUCGUCGGAGCUGAGACCGCCGCUGCCGGCACCAAGGCCGUCGCUGUCGCCCCGCUACUCCGCCUCUUCCCUCUGCUUCUUCUUCCUCUCCGCCUUGCUCCACCGCUCCAAGCGCCGCCGCCCCGUGCCGUUGAGCCUGACCUUCCCCGCGCUCCCUCUCUGCUUUCCCUUCAGCCCUCUGCUUUGCAUCGCGCCACCACCGCGCUGGGAGCUGAGCGCCGUCGAUGCCGGCCGCCCAGGACGGCCGCCGAUGCGGCUGCGCCUUCCCUCGCCGGUGCCGCUGUCGUGCUGCCCUCUGCUCUCUGUGGCCCCAUCGCUGCUCUCUCCCUCUGUCCCGUUUCCUCCUUCUCCCUUUCUCUCUUUCUCUCUCGCUCUCCUCCUUUCCUCUCUCUGUUGACCGCGCUGUGGGGAGAUGAGGACUGA